CCGCCGCCGCCGCCGCCGCGGAGACCGCCCAGCCGAGACCGGCCGCCUCGCGGCGGCUGCAGCGCGCAUUUGGGCUCGGACGAAGUUGACCGAGGCGGCUGCUGCAGCAGCAUCCCCGGUCCGGAUCGCGCGAAGCCCGGCGUAGCCUCUCCUCCUGGCUCACCCCUGCGCCUCCUGCGUGUUCCACUUUCCUGCUCUGCUAUUGUUACAGACUGUGUCCUGCUGGCCACCCUGCCUCUGAAACUUAUAAAGAAAGUGUUGGAUUUGCCCUUGUUGGAACUGAGGAAUUCAGACCAUCUCUGGGUAGCCGGAUCUAACCCACUCCCUGUCCCCUUUUGGUACCAAAGUGCUCUCUCCUCUCCAAAGUGCCAUGCCUGAGCUGUUAACGGGAGGAAGGGGCUCCUGAGACGCGCCCCGCACCUUUGCACCUGUCUUUGCUCUUCGCCUCUCUCGGCCACCUUCCCGGCCGAAGCAGCACCGAGGGAGACCCCUUUGGAUGUUCUCCGUGGAAACCGCUUCUCCGAGGCUGGAGCGCUGAGGCUGGUUUUGGGGAGGAACACCAGACUUGCAGGAGUCUGCGCGCUUUUCUCCUGCCCGCGCCUCCGGGUCCCCGUGCUCGCUCCCCCGCCUCACCCCACCCCACCCACUUCCUGUGCGCGCCCAGGGGGCGUGUGCCGAGCGGCUGCCGGAGUUCUGGGAAGUUGUGGCCGUCGAGGAUGGGGGUCUGUGGGUACCUGUUCCUGCCCUGGAAGUGCCUCGUGGUCGUGUCUCUCAGGCUGCUGUUCCUUGUACCCACAGGAGUGCCCGUGCGCAGCGGAGAUGCCACCUUCCCCAAAGCGAUGGACAACGUGACGGUCCGGCAGGGGGAGAGCGCCACCCUCAGGUGCACGAUUGACAACCGGGUCACCCGGGUGGCCUGGCUGAACCGCAGCACCAUCCUCUACGCCGGGAACGACAAGUGGUGUCUGGACCCCCGCGUGGUCCUCCUGAGCAACACCCAGACCCAGUACAGCAUCGAGAUCCAGAACGUGGACGUGUACGACGAGGGCCCGUACACCUGCUCUGUGCAGACGGACAACCACCCCAAGACCUCCCGGGUGCACCUCAUCGUGCAAGUAUCUCCCAAAAUUGUAGAGAUUUCUUCCGAUAUCUCCAUCAACGAAGGCAACAAUAUCAGCCUCACCUGCAUAGCAACGGGUCGACCAGAGCCGACGGUUACUUGGAGACACAUCUCCCCCAAAGCUGUGGGCUUUGUGAGCGAAGACGAGUACUUGGAGAUCCAGGGCAUCACGAGGGAGCAGUCGGGGGACUAUGAGUGCAGCGCCUCCAAUGAUGUGGCUGUCCCAGUGGUGCGGAGAGUCAAGGUCACCGUGAACUAUCCUCCAUAUAUUUCAGAAGCUAAGGGGACAGGUGUCCCCGUGGGACAGACGGGGACGCUGCAGUGUGAAGCCUCCGCGGUUCCCUCGGCAGAAUUCCAGUGGUACAAGGAUGACAAAAGGCUGGUUGAAGGAAAGAAGGGGGUCAAAGUGGAAAACAGACCUUUCCUCUCCAAACUCAUCUUCCUCAACGUCUCUGAACAUGACUAUGGGAACUACACGUGUGUGGCCACCAACAAGCUGGGCCACACCAACGCCAGCAUCACACUGUUCGAAGUCAAAACCACAGCUCUGACCCCUGGGAAAGGCCCGGGCGCCAUCAGCGAAGUGAGCAAUGGAGCGUCGAGGAGGGCUGGCUGCGUUUGGCUGCUGCCUCUUCUGGUUUUGCACCUACUUCUCAAAUUCUGAUGUGAGUGCCACUUUCCCCGCCGGGGAGAAGCCGCCGUCACCGCCACCACCAACACAUCAGCCGCGGCGACCAGGAGCAACGCGAGCACCCCCGUCCUAAAGCAGAUCCAAUCCCACGAAAUUCAGAGCCUAAGGGGACACCAAUUCCAGGGAGGGGGACAGAGAAGACUUUGGGAAAACAGGUUGAACAAGGACAUUGGAAAUCGCCUCGCAGACACGUAGGUACAGCUGAGUUUUCUUUCUUUUUCCAAACGGGAAGAAUGCACGCGGCUUUGGACCCACCCGCAAGCUGCAUGGCGUGACCUCCGUUACCAGUCGGGCAAGGGCUCAGCCGCUCUGCCCACCACAGUGCCCCCACCCCCAAGGAAAGUUCUGGAGUCGGCCACCCCCGAUUCAAUCAGUCAGUAGAGAAGAACUCAGAGGGAGGCUUGCAGGCCCAUUCCUGAACUGUGUCCCUAUUGUGUGUGUGAUGAAACGCAGCAACAAAAAGAUAAAUAAAAAGGAAAACUAAACAAGACAGCCUGUCAGCUACAAUCAUCCCACAAUCAACAGUCACAAAAGAUAUUGUUAAACUUUUUUGUUUUGUUUUCAUUUUACUACAUGGACAUCAUGGAUCAUAAGGGAUUCUGAUUCAUUAUUAAUUUUAUUAAUUAUAUUUUCUGAUAUGAGUCUAAAACUUAGUGCAAAAACAAGACAAAACUAAAAAAGUACACAAGUGAAAGGGGUGAAGAGAAGUAUGUUUGUUAAACGUUAAGCAUGGAUAGUAUACUUGUUACCCAGGUUUACAGCGGGUGGACAACACACCAGGCAUUAGCCACCUGCUGAGGAUUUGGCAAAUCCACCAAAAAAAAUAAAAAUCCACACAUACAAUUUAACCAACAUCUCCACCAGCGCUACAGAUUUCUUCUUAUUCUGGCAUUUAUUGCAGACAAUACUACACUUCUACAUGCUGUUUAGAAACGGAAGGGGGACCUGCACCAUAUCUUGAGUUUACUGGCGAUGCUUCUUUUGAUGACAUAUAUUAUACAGUAUAUAUAUACAUAUUUUUUUGUUUUGUUAGGGUUCUAGCCAUUUUCUUUCUCAGCAGGGUCCUUUCUCAGACAUUACUGCAUGCUGUAUAUGGCGUUAGCUGUGUGUUGCUCUUCUAAAAGAUGAUAGAGUUUACUGGUAAUUGUGUAAUCAGCUCCUGCCUUUUUAUUUUCUUGGGUUAUUCACAUGUCAGAGACAUUUCUGAAGAGUGAAAAGAGAAACAAAACACUAACACAAGGCGCAGCAUCUUUUCCAGGGGCCGCUCUCGGAGGCGAGGGCUAACGCGGGGGGCUUCUCCGUCAUGCCUCGGGCACGGACAGACAGCAAGCAGCCGGACCAACUCAGCAGCCAGUAACCACUCGCUUUAGCCCGUUAUGGGAAUCUCUGAUGCCUUUGUGACCACUGGAGAAUCGAAUCCUCUUGGUUUAUUUUAUUUAAUUUCCCACCUUUGUGUGCGUGUGUAUGAAAGAGAAGAAAACACAGAUUUUAGGUAAACUUUUCUUCCUCCCCCGAAGUCUGGGAACCAGAGGAGCCUCGGGGAGGGGUCGUGAUGUGAUGAGGGCAGGUGGGAUUAGGGGCUGGGGGAGGGAGGGGUUGUCUCUGACUUGACAUUAAAAAGUGUUCCAUGUCCCUCUUUA